AUGUUUGAAGAGUUCAAGCAAACCAUCAACAGCUUACAGGACAAUCACACUGAUCUAAUGAUUGAAAAACACCAACUGCAGGACAUCUUCAGCUCUUUGAGUCGGAAGAACCUGGAGACCAGAGUCGAAUAUCUCACUGCUGAGAAAGACCAGUUACAGAGAGAUUUCGACUCUUUGAAUAAGAAGGGCCCAGUUUGUUUUUUCAUGUCCACUGAGUUGAAGAGCUGGUCUGAAAGCAGGCAGUACUGCAGGGAUCGUGGUGCUGAUCUGGUCAUUAUCAACACUGAUGAGAAGCAGAGGUUCAUAUCUUCAUUAGUCAGUGAGAGAGUGUGGGUUGGUUUGUCUGACACAGAAAACGAGGGCAUCAUGAAAUGGGUGGAUAAUUCAACACUGAAACAAGGAUUUUGGCUCAAAGGUGAGCCAAACAACUACUAUGAGAAUGAGGACUGUAUUGAACUGUAUUAUAAAAGAGAUCAGGUGGAAAUGUCACCGCUGAACAGCUGGAAUGAUCAACCAUGCUCUGAGAAGAAAAAGGGGAUUUGUGAGAAAUAGGGUUCAUCCCGUCUUGUGGUUUUGCUUUUAUUAUCUAAUAUAAUCAUUCUUAUUGUAAACACAUACGUUCUGAUUGAGGUCCCUGCCUUUUAAAACACUGUCAGCUGAUCUGAAAUUUGUUAGAAGGAAAAUGUC